AUGGCAACGAGACCGCGACAUAUACUCAUCACAGGCGGGAGUCGCGGCAUCGGACUAUCCAUAGCCCAACUAUUCGCAAAAAAUGCAUACAGAUGCACCCUGAUAUCGCGUUCAGAGCAAAAUCUUCAAGCCGCCGUCUUGUCAUUACACCCUCUGACAACACCCCAUCCCCAAUCAACCUUACCAGACACAAACUGCAUCCAAUACCAGCACGGCUACAUAGCAGCCGACAUAUCCGACGGCCCAACCUUCUGGUCCGCCCACUCCUUCGGCACCCACCUCCCCAAACCACCCCGGAGCGCACCCUCCACACACCCCUCGUACAUCGACGUAGUCGUAAACUGCGCCGGCAUAACCCAAGCCAGACUCUUCAGCAUGCUCGACGAGACCACCAUCGACAAACUCAUCACCACCAAUCUAACCGCCCUAAUGCACGGCACUAAGUUCUUAAUCCGCAAUGGGUACAUGCGCGGCCCCAAGACCGAAACUCAGGGCCACAGCCCAACUAUUAUUAACGUGGCCUCACUUCUGGGUCUGCAGGGCGGGUACGGUGCAGUUGCUUAUGCGGCGUCGAAGGCGGGUGUGCUAGGUUUCACGCGCGCGCUGGCGACCGAGUAUGCGAGUCAUAAGGUGCGGGUUAAUGCUAUUGUGCCGGGCUACGUGGAUACGGAUAUGACGAGAGAUCUCAACUCUGCGGAAAUCCAACAAAGAAUUCCGCUGGGUAGGUUUGGGACACCGGAAGAAAUUGCGCAUGCGGCGCUGUUUCUUGCGGAGAAUCAGUAUGCACAUAAUUGUGUGAUUAAUCUGGAUGGGGGGCUGUCUGCCAUCUGA